CGUCCCUUCUAUGUAGAGGGAAGAGCUUGCGAUAGGGCGCGCGCGCGAGGAGAAGAGGGAGCCUCGGCGGCCGCUGAAGAAACGAGCGAGGCGCAUCCGCCCGCUGGCUUGCUUGGCAGGUUCCUUUCCCGGCAGAAGCAGCCUCGGAAGCAGGAGAGGCAUUCUCCGGAGGUGCCGGCGCCCGCCCCGGACUCCUGGCUGUCCAAAGGCGGCGGCGAGGGGCACGGGCCCCCCUGGGCGAACGGCGAGAGGGUUCUGCAGCAUGAGCAGCAGCAGAGUCGCCCGAAGAACUGCAGCGUGGACGGGGCUAGCGGCGCAGCUCCUGCUGGCGGGGCUAACUAUUGGCUGUCUCGGGUGUACAAUAGAGGCCCAGCUCACAGGAGUACUUGAUGACUGUUUGUGUGAUAUAGAAAGCAUUGAUGAAUUCAACAAUUUUAAGAUCUUCCCCAAAAUACAGAAACUUCAAGAACGGGACUAUUUCAGAUAUUACAAGGUUAAUCUGAAGAGACCAUGUCCAUUUUGGGCUGAUGAUGGCCAUUGCUCUAUCAGAGAUUGCCAUGUAGAGCCUUGUCCUGAGAGUAAAGUACCAGUUGGAAUUAAAGCUGGAAGUGCUAACAAAUAUUCAAAGACAGCAAAUCAUACCAAAGAACUUGAAGACUGUGAACAAGCUAACAAACUGGGAGCAAUUAAUAGUACAUUAAGCAACCAAACUAAAGAGGCUUUCAUUGACUGGGCAAGAUAUGAUGAUUCACAGGACCAUUUUUGCGAACUUGAUGAUGAGAGAUCUCCUGAUGCUCAGUAUGUGGACUUGCUGCUGAAUCCUGAACGUUAUACUGGAUACAAAGGGCCCUCUGCAUGGAGAGUAUGGAACAGUAUCUAUGAAGAAAAUUGCUUCAAACCACGGUCAGUGUAUCGUCCACUAAAUCCACUGGCACCAAGCAAGGGAGAGGAUGAUGGAGAAUCUUUCUAUACAUGGCUAGAAGGUCUUUGUCUUGAAAAGCGUGUGUUCUAUAAGCUCAUUUCUGGACUUCAUGCUAGCAUCAACGUACAUCUUUGUGCAAAUUAUCUACUUGAAGAAACUUGGGGGAGACCUCGUUGGGGACCUAAUGUCAAGGAAUUCACCCAUCGUUUUGACCCUACUGAAACAAAAAGUGAAGGUCCAAGGCGGCUUAAAAAUUUAUAUUUCUUGUAUUUGGUGGAACUGCGUGCAUUGUCAAAAGUUGCACCAUAUUUUGAGCGUUCAAUUGUAGACCUUUACACUGGAAACUCCCAAGAAGAUACAGAAACUAAAUCUCUCUUGCUAGAAAUCUUCAGAGACACGAAGUCCUUCCCUAUGCACUUUGAUGAAAAAUCCAUGUUUGCUGGAGACAAAAAAGGGGCUAAAUCUUUGAAGGAAGAAUUCAGGUUACAUUUCAAGAACAUAUCCCGCAUAAUGGAUUGUGUUGGAUGUGAUAAAUGCAGGUUAUGGGGGAAGUUGCAGACUCAGGGUUUAGGAACUGCUUUGAAGAUCUUAUUCUCUGAAAAAGAAAUAAAGAACCUUCCUGAAAAUAGUCCAUCAAAAGGUUUCCAACUUACCCGGCAAGAAAUAGUUGCUCUUUUAAAUGCAUUUGGAAGACUUUCUACAAGUAUACGGGAACUGCAGAAUUUCAAAGUUUUAUUAAAACAAACAAGUUAACAAAGAGUUUUUAUCUACUGGUUAGAAAUAGCCAUUAAUUUGACACCAUGAAGAAUGAAGCCACUUUAUAAAAACUGUUCUAGAGGAAAGUAACUCUAAUAACAACUUGAAUAUUUAAAGUAGAAAAGGUUAGUCAUUGGACAAGAUAUUUAUGAACGAAGUACCUAAUUUUAAACAUGUAAAUUAUGUUCAUUUCUUCUAUUCUUCCUCUCUUUGUACACUUCUUGUACCAUCUUUUGAUAUGAACUUUUAUUGUUUCUCUCUUCUAUUCAGAGACUCUUACAUUACAUCAAAUUGCAGUAAUUUCAUCCAGACUGCAUUGUCCAUGUGGAAAAACACAGCAGUGUUGCCUAAAAAUAGCUGGUGGUGAUAUUUUAAAAUCUGUAUUUAUUUGAAGGACCAAAGUUUUGUUAAACAAGAACUUUUCCUUGUUGUUCUAUAUAUUUGACUUGUUUGUAACAAAAAGGGGCCAGUCAGGAUUUCAGUAAAAUAAGCCCCUUGGCAUCCAGGGGAGACCAGCUUUCUUUCACAUUCUAUUUUAUGUUCAUACUUGCUUCCCUGUCCCCCUUCCUGAAUUUUACAUUUGUCUAUAUCACAGCCAUCUUCUCUACGAGGAGACAAGAUUGAAUUGAAAACCCUACCCCAGAGUCCACCAGUUUUUCUUAUGCAUGUCUGCUGAGGGGGCCUUUAGAGUUAAGUGCUGCUAGCUUGAAAUGGUUUGAUCAAGCCUGCUAUUGGCUCUCUACUAUAUAGCCAAUUUCUCUAUUUACAUAGAGUGACACAUUUAAAGUAUCCCAUUCUAGGUCUUUCAAGAAUGCUGCCAAUUCCUCUUAUUCUGGUUGUCCUAUAAUUCAAGUACUAUAGGAAGAAUAAAGGCAAAUGACACCUUUCACAGAAGGACACAUUUAAAAGUUAAUUUUUGGAACUCAGCACUACCUAUGCAAUCUCCAAUUGUACCUUAAAAAAGAUAUACAAUGUCUGUAAUAAAACUGGUGUACUUUGCAGAAAUGCAAUCCUCAGUCAUUAACUACAGAGGGGAAUUUAUUUUCAUCACUGCAGAGCAAGAGCAGAUGAUGUGUUUUUUAAACCUUUAAAUCUGCAGUAAGAAUUCUGUAAAUUGUGAUGGAAGAGCUUAUUUGAAGACGGUAAUGUAAUAUUUGUACUUAGUAAGGGAUGUUUGAGUACAGCAUGAAUGUCAAUGUUGAUACAGUAUACAGACUUGUACAUAUUAUGUUUUGCUUUGAUAAGUAAAACAUUCUUUAUAAAAUGAAUUAAAAGUGCUCUUAAACUCUUCA